AUGGGGCUGGGGAUGGAGUGGAUCCGGAGGGCUCUUCAAGGAGAAGACAUCUGUGCGGAGUUGUCGGAAACUUAUGAUCAUCUCUUGGAAGUCGCAGCUACUCCGGAGCAGUUAAACCACUAUCGGAAUGUGGCCGAGGCUGCCCGGAGUGAACUUGCAGCAACUCUGGUCAAAUUUGAAUCUGCUCGGUCUGAGCUUCGAGAACUGCGAUCCAAGAUGCUUUCCAAGGAAGUUUCCUGUCAAGAGUUGAAAGCUGAAAUGGAGAACUACAGAGAAAACAAUGCCAGAAAAUCGUCUCUCCUCACCUCUUUGAGAGACAGAGUUCAGGAGCUAGAAGAAGAAUCAGCGGCACUCUCCACUUCUAAAAUUAGAACUAAAAUCACAGCUCAGUCUGCAAUCAAGGAGAACCAGGAGUUAAAAAAGAAAGUUGUAGAACUGGACAAGAAAUUGCAAGAAUGUUUAAAGGAAAACGAGGAGAAUAAGGAUCAAGUCUCACAGAAUUGCAGGAAACAUGAGGAAUUUCUGGCUCAACUUCAUGACUGCCUAGAUCCAGGGAAGAAGAAUGAAAAGGCAUCAGAUGAAGAUUUAAUUCUAAAGCUUGGAGAGCUGUGCAAGGAAAACGCAUUCGUGAAAGGACAAAUUGUUACUCUUGAAGAGACUAAAAAUGUCCAUGAGAUGGAGGCAAAAGCUAGCAGAGAAACAAUCAUGAGGCUGGCUUCAGAAGUAAACAGAGAGCAGCAAAAAGCUGCCUCCUGCGUUGAAGAGAAAGACAAGCUGAACCAGGACUUGCUCAGUGCUGUAGAGGCGAAAGAAGCUCUUGAAAGGGAAGUUAAGAUCCUCCAAGAAAGGCUGCUGGCUGGCCAGCGGGUCUGGGAUGCCUCAAAGCAGGAACUGAGCCUCUUGAAGAGAAGCUCUCUGGAGUUGGAGAAGAGUUUGAAGGCCAGUGUGGAUGCAGCCGCAGCCUCACAGAGCGAGUACUCCUCAUUUAGGGAGAAAAUUGCAGCCCUCCUGAGGAGCAGCUCGGGCACGCUUAGGCCCACGGAGGAUGCCAUUCUGGAGAGGAUUCGAGAAAUGGGCGGCCGGGAAGAGAGCGGGAAACGGAUGGUCUCCCAGUUUGAAGCCCAAAUAUCUGAGCUUGUUGAACAGUUGGGAAAUGAGUCUGGGUUUCACCAGAGAGCUCUACAGAGAGCCCAGAAAGCAGAAAACAAGUUGGAGACUCUUCAGGGUCAGCUGACACACCUGGAGGGAGAGCUGGUCUCUGGAGACGUUUUACGAGACAACUUGAAUUUCGAGAAGCAAAAAUAUCUUAAAUUUCUGGAUCAGCUUUCAGAGAAAAAGAAAUUGGACCAGAUGGCUGCUGAACUUGGCUUCGACAUGCAUCUGGAUGUAGUUUUAGCUCGCACGGGGCAGCUGGUCUGCCUCGAGAGCAGUGCAGUCAUUGAAAACAAGACGAUUGCCUACAGUUUACAGAGAAAGGCUCAGAAAGAAAGACUGGAGAGCAAAGAGAUGCACAUGAACCGCCUCCGGCAAAAAAUAGCCCAGCUGGAGGAGGAGAUGCAGGUGCAUUCGGCAUCGGCUGUGGAGAGGGACGAGGCCAAGGCCACCAUCAGGAAGUUGCAGAAGAAGGUGGAGAGGCUGCAGAAGGAGCUGUGA